UCUUUCUUCUGCACCAUAUCAAGAUCAUAUGCGUUUCAUUAGUCUUGUUUGAUGGUCUUGGAAAAACAAAGAAAUCUCUCACCAUGAAUUUUCUAUUCAACGUUGGAUCCGCAGUACUUAUCAAUACUUGCUAGGCCAAGAAAGGGAAGAAUCAACAUCGGGUAUUGAAAAUUCGCCACCACACUGGCACUUCCCGUGAAUCGCUAGAAAAAUUCCAGACAAUGUGUGACUGACAUUUCCAGGAAUUUCACUAUUGAGCGCGGUUGCCAUCAUCCAACUCGGUGCUACGUUAGCUAGCUUCGAUGACGCCGAAAAUCAGGGUGCAAGUUUACAUCGAUGGAAAAGUCAAAUUUUAGUCGAGCUUCGACAUCAACCAGGACAAAGAAAGGGCUGAGGGACUAUUUAAUCCCGCGACUGGAUGCCUCAGUAUUCCAAGACACCUCUCCCCGUUUGCCUGCCACAUUCGUUUGAUACGACCUACCCAAUGGCUCUCUUCGCAUCCGAACCCCAGCAUGUCCUGUCUUCUACGGAGGACUACAACUCACUCUAUGAGCUAGUUUCCUUUCCCUUCAGCAGCUCCGAAUCUCUUGACAUCUUUCUCCCUGAGCCGGUACUUGGGUUAGAUCAGAACGGGUUCCUGUCGAUGGUCAACUACCAGUCCGACUUCGUCUACGCGCCUGACCCGACACCAAUCCACGAUGCAUUUCCACCCCAAUUCCUUUUUCAGAGGCCAGCCACGACUCCGACGGACGUAGCGCCCGUAAUGUCAACCCCUUCUUUUGGACCCGAUGUCCAACCGACUGAUCCCAACGACGAGGACGCCGAUUAUGACCUCGAUCCUGAUUUCAUCAACGACUCCGCGAAGGAUCCUCUCCCCUUCGCUCGAUGUUACAGUCCAGCGCCACCUUCACCAUUGACAUCCCUUCCCGACACCGAUGACGAAGACUCUGAUUCCGAAGAGCCUCAGUACGAUGACUCCGAGUACGAGGAGCUCGAGUCCUUGUCAGGAAGACGCAAACGUGGGCGAGCCUGCGAGUUGGUGAAGAUCACCAUAUACCGCACCGAUGUUUUGCAAACCCGUAGCCGAAGGGGAGACUUCAAAAACUCCUUUGAGCGCUAUGUAUUCCACGACGACCCACAGCAUGUGCGCUGUAUGAAGCCAGGGUGCCCGAAGGAAUUUGACUGUGUCAAUGCCGCCAUUGACCACAUGUAUUUCGCCCAUCCCACCAACGAGGAGGAGAAGAAGAAGAAGAAGAAGGCCCACCCCCGCAACAAGAAGAAGGCACAGACCCGUAAAAAAAAGAAGUCCGUUCCUACUCGAUGUGUGUUUUUUGACUGCGACAAGCUUGCGGAGAACACGGGGAAUAUGCGAAGGCACUUGAUAUCGCGUAAGCAUCAGAAGACACCGAGGUUUAGGUGUGGAGACUGUAGAAGGUUGUUCCAGCGACCAGAUCCCGUCAGGAGACACCAGGACAGAUAUAAAGGCAGGUGCAAGGGCAGGUUCGCCGAGGACAGACCAGUUUGCCAAAAGGCUAGAAAGGCAUAAUGCGUUAUGGAUGAGUUUUUUUU